CGAUGGUUCAGUUCGUUGAAAGCAGUCAAGAGAGGCGGUCGCGUUUCGCAGUUCUCGGAGCGGGUCCUUGUAAGCCGGAGAAAUACGUAAUCCACUGAGAGUCGAACUGCGAUAUAAACAACACAAACCAUUUUUUUUACGUGCUCGCGAGUGACGUUUGCACAGAAAGGCCUGGAGUGGCCAACAUGACCUCCUGAAAACUCCUCAACUCAGCAGCGAAAUGAACGCCGCCCUGAUCCUGAUCCUGAUCCUCAUCCCGCUCCUGCACCUGACUUGGGUCCCGGCCACGACCGCGUCCAGCAGUGGCGGCCAGAUUGGCCCGCUGGUCACGGGAGCAGGGCCAAAUGGAUUGCAGUGCCAGCCCAUCGCCGUGUCCGCCUGCCAAGGCCUGGGCUACAACAUGACCGCACUGCCCAACCUGGCAGGUCACACCAAUCAGCUGGAGGCUGAGCUCCAGAUCGCCAAACUGGUGCCCCUCAUAGAAUCCGGUUGCUCGCGUCGCGCCCGCUUUCUGCUCUGCUCCUCGCUGUUUCCGCUCUGCACGCCGGAUGUGCCACGCCCCGUUGCCGCCUGCAAGUUGCUGUGCGAGACCGUGAGAGGGGAGUGCAUGGAGAACGCUCCGCCGGAGCUGAUGGAGCUGUGGCCUUCGUUCCUCAACUGCGACGGCCUGCCGCAGCCGGAGAAGCACGAGCUGUGCAUGCAGAUUCCGCAGGAGGUGGCCGUGCCAGCCGGAGGUCCAAGUGGUCCGCCCGCCACCGGUUCACCCAGCCUCGAGGAUCAGCCGCAGACGUACCGCUUCUGGAAGAGCGGGGCACCUCCUGCCUCUGGCCUGGGCGGCGUCCUGUGCCCGCAGAACUUCAGCGGCAGCCCCUUCAAUCCGGAGGAGUGCGUGCCCCAGUGCCAGCGGGACGCCUUCCACACGAGCGCGCAGAAGAAGACGUCUGAGACCCUGAUCCUGGGCCUCUCGGCCGUCUGCUUCGUGUUGACCCUGUUCGCCCUGGUGACCUUCUGGGCGGAGCCCACCAGGUUCGGCUACCCCGAGAGACCAGUGCUCUUCCUGUGCCUCUGCUACAACCUCUUCAGCGUGUGCUACCUGGAGCGGAUUGUGUUCCACAACCAAGCAAGGAUGCAUGACGUCGAGGUGCAGGGGCGCCUGAUGCGGCCGGGCUGCUUGCUAACGCCACCCUGCCUGGCCUCCUACAUAACCACCUCCUACUUGAGCCUGUGUGCCGCCAGCUGGUGGCUGAUCUUCGCCCUGUGCUUCUACCUCUCGUCCCACAAGAAGUGGUCCAGCGAGGCCUUGGAGAAGCGAUCCGGGCUGUUCCACGUUCUGGCCUGGGUGCCGCCGCUGGCGCCUCCCAUCGCCGCCCUGCUGCUGGAGAAGGUGCGUCCGAGUGAGCUGACUGGAAUGUGCUACGCGCCGGGUUUCGUGGAGCUGCCUGCCCUGGUCCUACUCCUGCUGGGGCUGUACUUCACGCUGCGAGCCUCCAGGUCCCUGCUCUCGCUGCAGCAGCAGCUGCAACCCACCCUGGCCCACCACCGAUUCGGGCAGAUCCGGAAGCGCUUCGUGGUCUUCUCGCUGCUGUACUUCGCACCCACGACCGCCGGCGUGGUGGCGGCUCUUUGCGAGCGGUACGCGGACUCAGUGCCCAGCUGCUCCACCCCCGACGACUGCCUCUCACCCACGCCGAUCAGUGCCUGGCCAGCGUUGGUCCGGAUAUUCUUCCAGCUGGUGGGCGGCACCUUGACGGGGUUGUGGGUGUGGUCGCGCAAGACCUGCGAGAGCUACAGAAACCGGCUGGGGGCCAGCGGCACACCCACCUCCUCCCUGAUGAAUCAAAGCAAGUCGGCCGGAGCGCUGCCCAAAAAGCACUUGUAUACGAGUGGCAAGUCCAUGCUGCCCACGGGGGGCAUCACUCCUCUAUAUGCUGGCAUCAGUUUUCACAAUGUGCCCGUCUACAACCCCAACCAAUCGAGAGUCUAGAAUGAGGGGCUCUGGAAAAACCUCGAACCCUGCUACUGUACAUACCACACACAUCACAUGUAUAAGGCUUUGAGCCCUAGUUUGUACGCCUAGUUUGUACGCCUAGUUCGUAAGCCCGAAAAGGAGAAACUGAAAUGUGUUAAUAGCUUUAUAGGUCGCGCUCCCCAAUUGCCGAAUUACCCAUCACCUCUAGUUUUCAUUAGUAGUUAUCUAGCUAGUCCUAAGUCUGUAAAUAGUAACAAGUUUUUUUCACACACUAAACACUGUAAGCUUGCGUAGUAGAAUAAUUGUAAAUAAAUUAUUUGAAUUCAA